UUGAACAAUCGAAGAAGAAACUCGCAGUCACCUCGUCAGGAGUAAGUAGGAGGAGGGUUUGUGAAUUUUUCAAACAUGACAAGCUGACGACUAAUUGUUUCUGGCUCGACACAAAGCUAUUGGCGAGGAAGUAACCCAGCUAUUCCGUAUCACACCUGGUGACCGUAUCGGGUUUCAAUGGAGCCCAGUCCGGUGUUAAAGGAGAAGUUUUUCAUCGUAAUACGUGGGAAGUCGAGGAAGGGCUUCUCCCGAGGUUGCAUCGGCCGGGAGGAGGCAGAGACGCACGGCGGGGAGCUGAUGGGGCUCCUGUACUGCGGGGGCUCUAACGCCGGGAGCCCCAAGAAGGGCGGCGUGGUGCGGAGGGAGGACACUUACCCCUUGACUCGCUAUCAGGCCCAGCUACUGCUCUUCGUCUCCUCCGUAAGCAAACGCCUGGAGCUGCUGUGCAACCCUCAGCUGUUCUCAGCCAUCUGCGAGCUGACUGUGGAUGACCUGGUGGUGGUGAAGAGCAAGAAGGGCCAUAAACCAGGACUGGUGAAGAACCUGAUGCGGGUUGGGAAGAAGGAGAGCAAAGAUGACCUGCAGAUGUUGGCCUUUGAGGUGGAAUUUGUGGACAGUGAUCAGACUUUAUCAUCUAAAAAGCCUGCUCCUCCAACCCUGUUCAGCGCGGCGGACAUCAUCCAGGUGGUCCCAUCGUACUCUGUCCCGCUCGGACUAAACUGGGGAGACGGCCAAUAUCACGGAACAAACAAAAGAACGGUGGCACGCAUCAACUCCAUGCCAAAUAUUGGUGCCAAUGGACGAGUGAAAGCAACCCACACGCAGCAGAGCGUCAUUCCGAGUCAAAGUCACAGCACGUCGCGUGCGCCUCUGGAAGUGGGGUCCUUGGUGGAGGUGGUGUCCAACACGGGGGUCACGGUGUACGGCGUCCUGAGAUGGCUUGGCAUCCCCGGAGGAAAGACAGCCGAGUGGGCCGGGAUUGAACUGGACUAUGACGUGAACGGCUGCUCUGAUGGGAUAUACGGAGGCCAGCGACUGUUCACCUGCAAAAAAAGCAGAGCUUUGUUUGUCCCUGUCACCAAAUGCAGCCCCGAUAGCAGGUUUGCCUGCUCUUCAACAGCAAGCGACACCACCAGCCAAAUCCAAAUACCUACAGUACCUCCAUAUGUGGACUCUGAGGAAUAUGUGGCACCCAUUCCCGAAUCGGAGGUCACGUCUCUGUUGGUGGGAAGAAUGAAAGGGAUUCAGGGUCACAUCAACUCCUGUUAUCUGGAUGCCACUCUCUUCAGUUUGGUCAGCUCCUCUGUGACCCUGGAUAAUAUCUGCCAGACACCUGCUGACUCGGUGCAGGCCGUUACUUCCACGCUGAGAAAAAUAGUCAACCGUUUACGCAGACAAGGGUUUGUGCCUGCUGCGAGUGUGAUGAAUUUCCGCAAUCAGCUUGGCUGUGACACAUUUCGAACAGAGGAAAAAGAUCCAGAGGAGUUCAUCACAGUUCUCUUCCAGAAGGUUCUUGGCAUUGAGCCGCUGCUUAAACUCCGGUCCAGAGGUGAAAGUUACCAGGGGGCUUACACUUUCCAGAUCUUUCUGGAAAAAGAGCAGAUGGCACACAUACCCACCGUUCAACAGUUAAUGGACGCUUCCUGUCUGUCGUGUGACGUGAAGUUUGAAGAGAUGCCAUCAUGUCUGAUAGUUCAGAUGCCAAGGUUUGGAAACAAAUAUAAAAUGUUUUCUCACAUCAUUCCCUCCAUGGAGCUGGACCUUACGGAUCUCCUUCACAACUCUCCCAGGCAGUGUUUCAUCUGUGGCCAGUUGGCAGCGCAUGAGUGUCUCCAGUGUCUGCCAGAUCAUAAACUCCAUCAAGGGAGAAUCAAACAGUACUGCGGCACCUGCAACACACAGGUGCACACUCAUCCCUCACGACAGGGGCAUUCUCCAAAGCCUCUGUCAGUUCCAGCUGAGGUCGCCACGGCUUCCCCUGCGCCCGGGCACACGAUGCAGCUGUUUGCUGUGCUUUGCAUUCACACCAGCCACUAUGUGUCCUUUGUCAAAUUUGGCUCAGACCCACACUCCUGGCUCUUCUUUGACAGCAUGGCGGACAGAUGUGGUGACGACCAAAGGGGCUUCAGCAUCCCCGAGAUCCGAGCGUGUCCGGAGCUGGGUAACUUCCUGUCCCAGUCGGAGGAGGAGCAGGCCCGGACCGACCCUUCGUAUGCUCCUGCACUUGUGCGAAGGCUGCUGUGUGACUCCUACAUGUUUUUAUACCAGAACCCAACCAUGCCGGUUUCCAAUUCAAACUAUCAGGAUCCUUAAAUGUUGAGGACAAGGACACCAUGUUGUUGCAGCAGUGCCUUAGUAAUAACGUUGCACUUUAUCAACCAGAUUUUGCUUAUUGCAUCCAAACAGCAGCAAUGGGUGUCUGUGUAUUGAAAUGCUGUAAAAUGCAAUCAUGUUCAGGAAGAAAACGGUAUCCAACCCACAUUAUUUAUUUAGCACGUUUGAUAAACACUGUUUCCAAAGUGCUGCACAGACUGGUCAAACAAUAAAUAUGACGGAAAAGUACACAUUACUGCAGUAAAAACGAAUAAAUCAAAUUUAACAAAGACAUUUAAAACAUUACUAUAUUUAAAACAAGAAGUAAAACAAUAAAUAAGAAACAAUAAAUAAAAGAAAUAGAUAAAAAUAAAGAGUUGUAUGAAUAAAACCAAAAAAAGAGAAGAAUAAAAGACACGGAGGACCACACAACUCACGCCCAGUUAAAAGCCAGAGAAUGAAAGUGGGUUUUAAGAUGAGACUUAAAGCAUUCCUUUGUGGGGGCCGUUUUUACAUGAGGGGGGAGAGUGUUCUGGUCUUGGGCAUCACUAGUUGGAGCUGGCCUCAAUGUGCGCACUGGAGUGUACAUUUGCAGGGGGUCCGAAAUGUAUUGAUGGGCCAGUCCAUUGAACGCCUUAAAAACAAAGAAUCAAAUCUUGAACUCAAUUCUAAAACGAAGCAGCAACCAGUGCAGGGAGGUGAGAAUUAGGGCGAUAUGCUGUCUCUUUUGGGUUCCUGUUAAAAGCUGGGCCGCAGAGUUGUGGACUGACUAAGCGAGGGAGCGCAGCGUGUGGCGGCUCUCUAUCGUUUUGUUUGACAGCAAAGUGAGCAGUGAAACAAUGACUUUAAAACUGGAAAUAUUUUUUCUUGCCUGUCAUUUAGUGUUGCUUUUGUCAUGAAUUGCGGUCAUUGAAGCCAAGAUUGUAAAUGUAGCAUGUAAAGGGUUUCAUGUUUCCCCUUUUAUGUAAUAAAUU